AUGGCACAGGCUCAGGCUCAGGAGGGGUUGCUACGGCAGGAGGGGCUCCUGAGGGCUGGCUCCUGGCAGGCCCACGGCGAGGCCAUGUUGCUGAAGACGGCCAGUGACAUCGUGCUGCAAGUCGCGGCUAUGCAGGCCCCCAAGCACCAGCACCGCCUGGCCACCGAGGGCGGCGGCGAGGGCGGCAAGACAAACAGCGUCGACUCCUCGUCCACCGCAGCCAGCCAGCAGCCCAGCGUGCUGCUCCUGGACUCUGCCACCGCCGGGGUGGCCGGCCUGCUGCCGCCGCUGCGCCAAAUCAGCCUGGACGUCAUCGCCGCCACCGAGCUCAACCGCGCCAAGGGGCUGGCCCCCGGCGAGCGGCAAAGCAUCUUCCAAGACGUGUUUGAGCAGCUGGCGGGCAAGGACGACCUGCCGCCGCUGCAGGCGGGCCAGCUCUACACGCUGCCCUCCAUGCAGUUCCUGGAGUCCAUGCUGAACGACUUUGACAAGACGGGGACCAGCUCGGGGGCAGCCAUGAACAGCCUGCACAUCAGCGGUCCGCUGGACCUGCCCGGCGACGCGUUUGACCUGCCUGAGUUUUCAUCGCACGGCGGCGGCGGCGCCGCGCUGCGCCCCACGCCCUUUGACCAGCAGCAGCAGCAGCAGCACGCGGCGGCGGCGGCCCAGCAGCAGCAGCAGCAAGCGUACUACGCGCUGCACGGCGGCGGGGCCGCGGGGGCGCCCGCCUACGGCGGGUUUGUGCCCACCGGCAGCGCGCCCGCCUCGCUGGUGGCGCCCAGCAUGGUCAGCAGCAGCGGCAGCCUGACGCUGCAGGCCAGCAUGCGGGCGCACAGUGCAUACGAGGCCAGCCGCAUGGCGCACUUGGGCGGCGCGCCCUCCCACCCGCAGCACCAGCAGCUGCUGAUGAUGCAGCAGCAGGCGGCGGCCGCGGCCGCGCACCGCCCCGGCGCCGCCGCCGGCGGCGUGCGCCAGCCGGCGGUGCCGCAGCCCGCGCAGCCGCGCGCCACGCCGCGGCGCGCCUCCCAGGCCUACGCGGACUUCGAGUACGAGGAGGCGGAGGUGUCUCUGCAGACCAGCAAGAGCGGGCGCGUGCGCAAGGUCGCCUCCUUCACCGGCGUCAAGCGGCGGCUGGAUGUCGAGUCUCGGGACUCCCGGGGCAGCGUGGGAGGCGCGGACGUGUCCAGCGGCGAGGUCGGCAGCCGCGGCAGCAAGGGUGCGCGCAAGCCGGCAGGCGGGGUGAAGAACCGCAAGGGCCGCCGCACUGUGUGCCUCAACUGCGGCUGCCACCAGACGCCGCAGUGGCGGUGCGGCCCGCUGGGGCCGCGCACGCUGUGCAACGCGUGCGGCGUGCGCUACAAGAAGGACCUGCCCCUCAACUGCUGGCCCAUCCGCGACGGCAUGGUGCUGCCGCCGGGCGCGAUGCUGCCGCCCGGGUUUGUGGUGCCGCCUGGCAUCACCAUCCACACCCAGCCCGCAGACUUUGAGUGA